GGCGCCCGGGUGUUCCGUAGUUGUGAAUUGCGGCAUGAAAUAUCAAAGAGCGUCCGUUGGACGUGAAUAAACGGUUACGAGAGGUGUGUGUUCUUGGUGCGAUAAGGAGGCCUCGGGCAAAGUUGACGACAUAAGAGUGUGAAGAAUAAAAAUCUGUGAUUAACAAGAUAAUUAGUGACAGAAGAAGGUAUAGCAACGAAGUGAGUGGAAUCGCGUCGUAAGCUCGAGAAAAUAUCGGAGGAUGUGAUGACCGAGGCAGUCGAGGAGGCCGUGCCUCUAGGGUUGGCAGCAGAGCAACGGUGGCGAAGCAAGAUUCAUACGAAGGCGGUGGUGGAAGUAGUUGUCUCGACACGAGUUAGUUUCCACGAGGAAGAGACCAGUCGUUGCCUGACGGUCAGUGUGUGAGUUUCGGACGUUCUCGGUGAUAAAGACGAAGAAAAUUGUCCCUCCCACACGGACAAGCGUAUACAGAGCUUCACAAGUGGGUUUGGUUGGCCGGACAUCAAGAAGAUGGAGUCGAGGGAACGUUACGACGAACUUUGUAGGCUGUGUGCUUCAUAUGACGCUGUAAAAAUGGACAUAUUCGGCCAGGAAGGGAAAAAUCGUCAGCUAGUGGACAAGAUUCAGACUUGUCUACCAUUCAAGAUUGCUGAAGAUGAUAGACUUCCCAAGUGUUUAUGCUACAGAUGCAUGUACAAUCUUGAGAAUUUUUAUGACUUUAGAACGGCAUGUGUUAAUGCUGUAGCAUUACUUGAAAGAUCUCUUCCACCAAAGGCACCAUCAAAUGGUGGUACUUAUAAUGACAUGGAAAAGCAUUCUGAAUUACGUUCAGAAUUGCUUAAAGAAAAGGAAAAAAUGCCAAUCUUGAUACCUGAAGCACCAAUAGUGAAUCCAAAUGCUGCAUUAGGCACACCACCAAGACUUAAUUCAGAUGGUGAGGCAGAUCAAGAAAUUGAAGAGAUUCUUGAACACAGUGGUACUGAUGAAGGAUUGGAUGAUGGAGAGGACAGAAAAUCAGAUGAGUACGAGAUGGAUAUGGAGACGAAUCCAAGUGACUUUCUAGAAAUGCCACCGAUGGUCACUGAAGAUCCGGAAGAAACAGAUGGAAAUCUUUUACAAGUUAACUCUCAAUCAUCUAGUGUCUUCCAACAUACAUCAGAGCAACAUGAAGUCUAUGUAUGUUCAUUGUGUAAUAAGGCGUUCAGUUCAAAAGGACACCUAUCCCUUCACGCGAGAAUUCACGUAGGUGCAGGUGACGUGAUAGGCGAGAAAGUCAUCACAGACGAUCAUACAUCAUACAAACGUCCUUACCAAUGUGAUCUCUGUAACAAAUCGUACUCUACUGCUAAACAUAGGUGGGGACAUGUAUCAACGACACAUCGGGGUCAUCCGGCUGUAACAUGUAGAUAUUGUUCAAGAAUUUAUUCAACUCGAACUAACUUAGAAGAGCACAUUAAAUCUAGACAUACAGGUUUACCACCUCCUCCAGAGACUACAGUUCCUUAUAUUCAACAAGAUACACGAUAUCAAUGUAAAACAUGUCCUAAAAUGUAUACUAACAUUACUGAUUUAAAUAAACAUAGUCGAAUAUGCCUUGGAGAUCGUCUCAAAGAAACAUCAAAAUCAAAUAUUCAACCAGUUCUACAAAAGGGAAAAAGUCUUAUGGAUACUUCUGAGGCAUCUAGUGUAGAUUCUGAUGAAGAUAGUAAAGAUUAUAGAAAUGCUGAAGCAAAAUUAUCUAAAAAUCCACAAUUAACUAUUUUAAAACAAGCCUUAACAAGAGGAGAAAGUUCAAAGCGAGAUGCUGAUGGAAGAAAUGCGUAUAAAUCAUUAAGAGUUGAUAAUAAUGAAGGUGAUGGACAAAAACGAUGGUUUUGCGAGACAUGUCCGCAGUCAUUUACCUCAAUAGAAGUAUUGAAAGAACAUGAAAUGAGCCAUGAAGGGGAUAAACCUUACAUCUGCAUUCUUUGUGAGAAAGAUUUUGUCCUAAAGUCUUCCUUAAGCCGACAUAUAUUGUCUUCUCAUGGUGUUGAUCCUGUGCCAAUCGUUGACAGUGAUAAGUGUUUAAAAAAGACAGUGAUGGCUCAAUUGAAUGCUAAACAUAGUAGAGACGAACUCAAAAUUAAAAGAGAACCGUCUGAAUCUUCCUUUUCUCCAGAAUCUCGUGAAAAUGAUGAAGAAGGAGUGAGUGGUCAUGAUAAUAUGAUUGAAAUUGAAACUGUUUUUGUUUGCGAAAUAUGUACGCGUGAUUUUAACGAUCGUGCAUCAUUAUGGCUUCAUAUUCGCGCCACACACAAAGAAUAUGCAGCAUUUGCUUGUGGAGUUUGCUUAAAAAUUUGUCCAGAUAAUGAACAAUUAUUAAAUCAUGUAAAUAUGUAUCAUGGAGGAUCAAAGUUGCUAGUCUCGGAACAACGGAGAUACAGUUGCACUAUUUGCGGAAGACAGCAUGACUCAAGGAAAAAAUUAAUGACUCAUGUUUCUAUUCACAACGUAGACCCAAGUUACGAUCCAGCUGCUUUUGUCCAACUUAAUAGCAAUUAUUACAACGAAAACAUCAACAGCAAUGAAGGUCAUGAACAAGGUGAUUUUGAUGCUGAAGAUGGUGAAAAAGUUGACUGUUUUAUAUGCUACAAAUCAUUUCCUAAUGAAGAUCAUCUUAUUCGUCAUCAACGAAACGCACACAAAUCCGAACCAAUAUCUUUAAACAACGAUUUCAAUAAUUCCAAUGGCUCCGGAGUCAAUCCGAAUGGUAAUAAAGCCCAAUAUCAUCUUUUCUUUGUUUGUGAACUUUGCGGUAGUUCACAUCCAAGCAAAUGGGAACGUUGGCUUCAUGUGAGUAGCGUUCAUAGUGAAGAACCUUUGAUAAGAUGCGAGCGUGAAGAUUGUGGAAAGAUUUUUGCUACAAAGUCUCUGAAGAAUGAACAUGCUCAACAUCAUAUGAUUCAAGGUGUGUCUCCUAAUACUUGUGAAAUUUGUGGGAAACUUUGGGGUAGCCGGGUUGAUUAUUGGAAACAUGUAAUGGGUGUUCAUUCGGAUACAGUUCCAUUAAUAUGUGGAGUAUGUCUAAAAGUAUUCCCUGAUGUGAUACAACUCAGUAACCAUGUUAAAACCAAGCAUUGGCCAUUAACGAAUGGUGAUUUUAGCUGUGAUAUUUGUGGACGUCCUUAUUCAAAUAAAUCUAAAAUGUCACGGCACAGAAAGAUUCAUGGAUUGGAAGCUGAAGGAUAUAAUGGCAUGAGCGAAUCAGCAAAUGAACCAGCACACUUAGAAUCAAAUCCAGAAGUUGAUUUGACGUGUGAACUUUGUACAGACAUGGUAUUUACCAGUUGGGAAGAUCUUUGUCAUCAUCGAAGAAUGACUCACGGUUUGUUUCCUUGCGAUUUAUGUAACAAAUGUUAUGGACGCACGUCACACCUAUGGAAACACGUUAAUAGAGUCCACAAAGGACAUAAAGAUGUUACUUGUAGAUACUGUAUGAAAACAAGCGCAUCUAAAGAUCAUUUAGCUGCGCAUAUUGCCAAGAUACAUCGAUAUGAGCCUGACACUAAACAAACAUUAAAAGACGCCAAUUAUAAAUUACCUAAUAAUGAAGAAGAAGCUGUUCAUCAUUGUGAAAAGUGCAAUAAAGCUUUUCACAAACGUUAUUUACUUAGACGUCACAUGAAAGGCUGUCAAAAUUAUAGAAAAGAUCCAGGAGCACUUUUAACACGUUGUCGAGCAUGUGAAAGAAUUUUUAAAGAUCGUGCAAGUCUUCAAAAACAUAUUGAAAAUCAUCACAGUAGUUAUACGUGCCAUUUAUGUAAUGAAACUAUUACUUCGAAGCUUGGAAUUAUGACUCAUAAUCGAGUUAAUCAUAUGAACCAUCCAGAUCUUACUUGUGAUCAUAAUAAUUGUAAGAAAUUAUUUAGGACUAAGGAAGAUUUGGAAUCUCAUAAAAAAGAUCAUAAAUAUCAUAAUUCUCCUAAUGUUUGCGAUUUUUGUGGUGAUACAGUCGAAAAUAAACUUAAAUUAAAAAUGCAUAUUUUAUCAUUACAUCGAAAUGAGAUUGGAGUUUCUUGUGGAGUCUGCUUGAUUCCUAUGAAAGAUCCUCAAGACUUAAAGAGUCAUGUAGAAAACGUUCAUCCGGGCAUUCUUUUAAAGCCAAACACUUGUCAAGUUUGUGGAAAACAAUAUGCAUCUAAAUGGAAAGCUUUUGACCACACUAAAAAAUGUCAUGGGAAAGUUUUCAGAACAUGUAAACAAUGUUUAGCAGUUUUCAUAACAGAUACAGACAUAAAACAUCAUUAUGAACAUGUUCACAAUGUUCCUAAAGAUCAACUUGCUGGUUUCGAAAAUCACAUGGAUUUAUCAGGGAAAGUUGAUGAUAAUGAACAAUCAACUAUUACAAUUAAAGAAGAACCUGAAGAUAUAGAAUACGAAGAUGGUCUUUACGAUGAUAUGCCUCGUAUCAAAUCUUCUAAAAGAAAACGAUCUCCUCACGAUACUUACGAUUGUGAAAUUUGUCCAGAAAUAUUUUUAAAUUGUGAUACUUUAGCUGAACAUUAUCGAACUAUUCAUAAUACAGAUCCAGAAAAAAUGUUUAAAAAAUCUAAAUUAAAUAAUGCAAAGAGAAAGAUGAGAAAUCGAGAAAAUUUUGAAUGUAAAAAUUGUAAAAAGCAGUUUUGUACAAAAACAUUAUUUUGGAAUCAUAUCAAUGUAUGUACAAGAAAAAAUUCAUUACGAGAUGAUCAAUUAACUAAUUAUAAUACUUCAAUACUUGAAUCACACUUAAAAAAUAAUAAUCAAAUCAAGAAAGAGCCGUUAGAUUCCAUUUUAAAUGAGAAUUUGAAUAUACCGGAUUUUAACUUGUUUGAGGGAAUAAACUUACAGCUGUCGGGUCAAAAACCGGUACCAAAUUUGAUGCCAUUGUCUCAUAUGAAAAUGUCUCAAGGUAUUAAAUGCUAUAGAAAAGAUUCAAGAAAGGUCUAUGACGAAUCAACAAAUACAGUGUGUGCCUGUGAGGUUUGUGGUAAACAAUGGCCAGCUAAAAAACAUUUAUGGCAACAUUUAAUUCGUUUUCAUCGAGCAGAAGCUGCAGUAACAUGUGGAGUCUGUUUAAAGCUUUGUACAACAUAUAAAGGACUUUCGCAACAUCUUAAAGAAGCACAUGAAGCACUUUUGUCAUGUGAAGGUAAUAAUUUCACCUGCAAAACUUGUGGAAGAUAUCACAAUGCUCGGAGCAAGUUGUUGCUUCAUAUGAGUAUUCAUAUUAACAAUAAUGAGCACAUCUGGUGUCAGAAGUGUGCAGCAAGUUUCGAUUCUGAGGAAAAAUUAAAGCAACAUGUGGCUAACUGUGUAAUAAAACGACGAGGUGAAGAGUUUGAAGAGCAGAGUAUAGAUCCAGAAGAUGUUAAGCUUGAAGGCGAUGAAGAUAAGGGUAGUUUAAUUGGAGAUAGUGCUUCGUUACUCGGAGAAGGUGAAGAAGUAGAAUUCGAUUCUGAAGUUGAGGAUGCUUCAGAGAAUGGAGAAGAACACAGUAAUGAUACUGAUCACUCCGAAGAUUCUGAAGAUAGUACUAAUGGGAGCGCUACUGAAGGCGAAAAUGAAGGAGAAUCUCGAACUGACAGCAGAACUAUUGAAGAAAGAAAUUGUCAGACAGAUAGUGAAGAACAAGAGAUGAAUGAAUCUGAAGUUGAAGAUGAAACUACUGGUCGAGAUUUAACUACAAUUGUGGAAAAUAAAGACAUGGAAAAAUCAGAAAAUGAUAAUGUUUCGAAGAACAAUGAUAAUGAAGAAAAUGAAGAAGAAGAAGAAGACGAUGAUAAUAGUAAUAAUCAUAAUGAAAAAGAGAAAGAAAGUCAUAGAAGUGAAAAAGAAGAUUAUGAUUAUGAAGAUGAUGAUGGGCCACCAAUAUUAAGUCCUAUAAUGCCUAUAGUUAUUUCGGAUGAAGGUGAAGAGAGAAAAGAUAAGGCUGACGAUGAUUCAAAUCAUCAAUUAAACUCUGAAAAAUCACCAAAUAUUGAAGAAGAAAAUGAAGAAGAAAUCCCUGAGCUAGACGGUGUAGAAAAUACAGAAAAGGAAAUUUUAUCAAUGAAUUCAAAUACAAUGGAUUAUUAUGAGGACUCAUUAACUGUUAAAUCGAAUGCAAGUGUUGUAGAUGAAUUAGUAGAGUCGGAAGGUGAAGGAAAGGAUACGGAAAUGGAAGAUGAUGAUAGUAGAUUACAAAUUGAACAGAGUAAUGGGGAUUCUUCAUUAAUGAAGAUGUCUGAACAGGAAGAAAACUUGAGAGAUGAUGAAGAUGUUGGUGAUGAAAUGUAUGAAGAAGAUAUUGAUGCUGGUGAAGGAGACAAUGACAUGCAACUCGAUGAUUUAGAUGGAACAGUUUUGAUGGUUGAAGGACUUGACGUUGAAGGAAAUGAAAUAUUGAUUCAACAAAGUGUUGCGGAAGUGGAUAACGAAGAUUCCAUACAAGAGGUCACAGGUUUUAUUUAUCAAGAUGAGAAUGAUGGGGAAAAUUAUGACGAUGGACAAGAACUUGAAAGUCAAGAAGUUGAAAUGGAUAUGGACAAAGAUGAUCAAGAAAUGGAAAUUCAGUAUGAAAAUGAUAAUGAUAAACAUACAGAUGAAGAAAUUAACGAUAGUGAUUUGGAGAUUAAUUUGAGUGCCAAAAAUGAUGUGUCAAGGACGUAGUUGAUGAAAUUUUUGUGAAUCUUGUUUUUAUAGUAAUAAUGACAUUGAAAAAAAGAUUUUAAAACUUUUUUUAUCCCAUUAAAAAAUAAAAAUAUGUACAGUAGAAUUUAAGAGAAAAAAGUGUAUAUUGCAAAAAUUAUUGGGUAAACAUAAAUUAUAAAAAUGGGUUUAACGAAAAUUUCACUUGGGCAUUGUAUUUAUAAGUAAGUAAAAACAAAACAGCAAAAGAUAAAGGACAAAAAAAAACAAAAAUAACCCAAAUAAAAAA